UGGUUUGCGCAUGCCUAGCAGCCUCUAGGUGAAGCGGACUGUUUUCCUGGUGGGAACAUCGGAGCUCAGUCUCUUUAGUUUUCUGUUGGAGGGCAGAACUAUAACUACAGUAGGAAUAUAACCGAACUAUGUUUGUUACAUAAGUACUCUGAGACAGAAGCGUGAUGUUUUCAGCCAGCAUGGAAACCAAAAGAGUGGAAAUUCCCACCAGCGUACUAGACGAUCUGUGCAGCCGGUUCAUCCUCCACAUCCCCAGCGAGGAGCGGGACAACGCUAUUCGUGUGUGUUUCCAGAUUGAGCUGGCUCACUGGUUUUAUCUGGACUUCUGCAUUCAAAACACUCCAGGAGCGCCUCAGUGUGGAAUCAGAGACUUUGCCAAAGCUGUUUUCCAUCAUUGUCCAUUUCUGCUGCCACAUGGAGAGGAUGUGCAGAAGGUUCUGGAGGAAUGGAAGGAGUACAAGAUGGGUGUACCCACAUAUGGGGCAAUUAUUCUAGAUGAAUCACUGGAGAAUGCGCUGCUUGUUCAGGGCUACCUGGCCAAGUCUGGCUGGGGUUUUCCAAAGGGGAAAGUGAAUGAGGAUGAAGCUCCUCAUGACUGUGCAGUUCGUGAAGUGCUGGAGGAGACAGGUUUUGAUAUCAAGAACCGCAUCUGCAAAGACGUGUACAUCGAACAGAAGAUAACUGACCAGUUGGUGCGACUCUAUAUCAUCCCAGGAGUAUCCAAGGAUACAAAGUUCAACCCCAAAACACGGAAAGAGAUCAGGAACAUUGAAUGGUUCCCUAUUGAGAAGCUGCCCUGCCACAGGAAUGACAUGACCCCAAAGUCUAAACUGGGACUAGCACCCAAUCGAUUUUUCAUGGCCAUUCCAUUCAUCAGACCGCUGCGUGAAUGGAUUAACAGACUCAAGGGUGAAUCAGAUAGUGAUGAGGAGCUGGCGAACAACAGGAUGACUCCAUCCAAACCUUUAGAUGGCAUUCGGUCAAAGAGCCGAAACAAUGACGUAUAUCCAGGAGAGGGUUGGAACAAACAUAAGCAGCAGAGGACUCCGGGGCAGACGAACCAGAAUGAUCCCAACCAGAAACUGGUUUUGAAAAGCAGUGGCAAAAAAAGACAGGACUCUCCUUGUGUAAAGAGAGGAACCGGUGAAAAUGGAUCCAAUAACCAGCAGAAAGAGGACAAACGGACUCAUCCCAGACGACUUCAAGAUAUGUUUGAAAGAGACAUGGCCAUAAGCAGUUCCAGUUGCCAUUUAUCAUCUGGAGACAAAGACUUUGAGCAGUUGGUUUCCUCCAAGGCUUUCCUGAAUUUCAAAUUUGACAGAGACGCCAUCAUGAAAUGUUUUGAUUACUGAUGUUCAUCAAACUCUACAUUCAGUGACUUUUAAUCUUCAUGGACAAGGAUGUUUCUGAACAAGCUCUUUCCCUUUUUGCCGUCCUUGUUGUGAGCCCACAUAUCCAUCUGAAGUUUGUCCACAUUUCUCUAACCAUGUAGAAAAGUGUUUCAUGUUGCCUGCCUUUACUGUCCAACUGUUCUCACGUCAGUUCAUAAUGUAACAGUUCUUUCAUCAAGCUGGACUUCACGUACUUUUCACAUUACUGCACCAAGUUAUGUCCACAGGAGACUGUACCCAAUGGCUGGCAACUGUUCAAGCAUAUAUUCAGUAGAGCUAAAAUAUUUCUCAUUUUGAAAACUUUCAGAUUUUAAACCUAAUAUUUUGGGAAAGUUCUAAAUGUAAAACAACGUGAAAAGAAAUGAUAGCAUAUUAAAUUUGGCUGUCAGUAUUAUUACUUGACAUCUGGAUUUUUAGAUUUUAUUAAAGAAGGUACAUUUAAUUCUGGAGUUUGUAGUUUUAUAGUUUUGUUAACCUGCUUUACAUCUGCCAGAGAACUUCCAGUUUGUUUCACACUAAACACUGUUUUGCUUCAUAUAUUUGCUUUUACAGACAGUCCCACUGUGUUCUAACCACAAACCAGAAUUUUUCAGACACAUUUCUCACAGUGAAUGACAUAAAUUUUAAACUACAAACACUUUUCUGAAACUAUUUGUCCUUAGUUUGACGCCAUAAUUUGCCACUUGUUUUGUCAUAUUUUUCUGGUGAUUGGGUUUGGCUUUCAACACUUUUCUCUGAAAUUAGGAUUUUAUUUUGGGGACUUAUAAUAUGUGUUUAAUUUUGAAGAACAAGCUGAAUGUGCAUUUGGAGUUUUGCAAACAGCAUGCUACUGAAUUCAUGGAGCUUCUCUAGUUUAAAGAAGAAACAAAUUACUAAAUUAAGAUUGAAAAAUAAGAGUUUCAAAAUAAUAAAAAUAAUACAAAAUAAAAAUAAUUAUAGAAAAACUGAAAUAGUAAGUUUUACAUCCAUUGUGUUUCAGGAAGGAAGUUCAUAAUUUAAAUGCUUUACUUGAACUUGUGUAAUGUCCACUAAUUGAAAAAUAAUGUUUUAAAAAUCACAUCUAAUAUUUCAGGAAAACAUAAGAAACAUUGAGUUCUCUGUCUAGUGUCUUUUCUUCGAUAUAUGUCUCACUCCUGUUUGUUGUGAUUCACAAGUUUUGUAUGAUCAAAGUGAUCCUGUAUUGCUUUAAAAACUUUAGACGUUCCCAAUCAUGUUGUUCAUGACGCACAAUUUAUCUCGUUAAGCUGGCACAGGUUGAUUUCCGUAGGAAAAAAUAGUGAUACAUAAAACAAUGCUUUCGCUACAAAAAAACCCUAAUGUUGAAAUUUAUUUCUACGUGACUUUGGACUCUGAGCAAGUGCUGUUCAUACCAUUAGUUUGUCAGGCUGUUUGUAACGGAUGUUAUCUCAAGUGCACUUGGUUUAAACUGUUUUUAUUUUUCAAUGGUGAAUUUAAUAAAAGUGUUUUUCACUCUGA